AUGCUCGAGUUCCGAACCCAGGGUUUCAACCCGUACAGCGUCAAGUACUCGCCCUUCUUCGACUCCCGCCUCGCCGUCUCCGCCGGCGCCAACUUUGGCCUGGUGGGCAAUGGCCGCCUGUAUAUCCUCCAGCUCGGCGCACAAGGAAUCGCAUGCGAGAAGUUCUUCGAAACGCAAGACUGCCUCUUCGACCUCACGUGGUCCGAACAGCACGAGAAUCAGCUGUUGACAGCGGGCGGCGACGGCAGCAUCAAGCUUUUCGAUAUCGGCGUUGGAGAGUUUCCCGUGGCAGGAUGGCAGGAGCACGCCAGAGAGGUCUUCAGUGUGCACUGGAACUUGAUUGAGAAGUCGACCUUUCUGAGCUCGAGUUGGGACGGGACGGUCAAGAUAUGGACACCAGAGCGGAAAGAGAGCAUCACAACUCUGCCUGUGCAUAGUUGUGUCUAUUCUGCACAAUACAGCCCGCAUCAUCCUCAGAUUGUGACAUGCGUGUCGCGCGACAGUCACUUAAGAGUGUACGAUCUGAGGCAGAAGCCGAGCGCACAGAAUCAUCUCACGUUGGCAAUUCCUAUACAUGCCCCGCCCAAGGUAACCCCGCCAGGCUACAUGCAGAGAAGCCCAGGACCUACAGAGUGCUUGACGCAUGAUUGGAACAAGUACAGAGACUCUGUUUUGGCCGCCGCAGGUGUGGAUGGAGUGAUCAGGACUUUCGACUUGCGAACGCCUUCUGGGCCGGUGAAUAUGCUUACUGGACACGAAUACGCUGUCCGAAAGUUGAGCUGGAGUCCACACCUCAGUGAUGUUCUGCUAAGCGCCAGCUAUGACAUGACCUGUAGGGUAUGGACGGACGGCAGCAAUAUCGAUCAAGGCGGCCAUGGCGUAGGCAUUGGACGUGAAAUGGGACGUAUGGAUCGCCACACCGAGUUCGCCAUGGGUGUGGACUGGUGUCUCUUUGGUGCAGAGGGCUGGUGUACGACUUGCGCGUGGGAUGAACGUGUGCUUGUGUGGGACGUGCGCGAAUACAUGCGGCCGGGUAUAUGA